AUGGUCGCGCCGCCGCCUUUUUUCUCGCCCCGAGGCGACCAUUUACGCUCCCCACCUCUCGUAAAUUCGUCGCGAGACCACAGUUACGUAUUUAAUAACACUCCUCAUCACCUCUACUCUUAUUUCCAGCCCCUCUUCACUUCAACCUCCGCAAUGUCUGGCUCUCUCCCGCCACGUCAGGUUGAAGGUGAUGACAACCAAGCGUCACCUAGUCUAUAUGACUGUGGCGAUAUUAUCGACACAUCAACUUUUGAGCAAAUAUUAGAAAUGGACGACGACGAAGAACAGCGCGAGUUUAGCACAUCCAUCGUCAUUGGCUUUUUUGAACAGGCAGAGUCGACGAUCGAUAGAAUGGAUGAAGCAUUGAAAGACAAAGGACUUGUUUCCUUAUCUUCCUUAGGUCAUUUUCUCAAGGGUUCCUCGGCGACUCUUGGUCUGACCAAAGUAAAGAAUAGCUGUGAAAAAAUUCAACAUUUUGGACAAAUGAAAGACCAUGAGGGCUUAGCAGACGAAGCCGACGAAGAACAAUGCUUGCAGAGGAUUGAAAACACCCUCGUUAUUCUUAAGCAAGAGUAUGCAGAAGCAGAAAAGAUUCUGAAGAAAUUCUUCGGACUAAAUACCUCUACACCCACGUCAGGUUCUGCAGAAAUCACAAAGUCAUCAGAAACAACAGCAUCCAGUCCAGAAACAGCAAAAACUGAACAGCCAAACGAAACAACAGCUCUAUUGACUAUACAGGAGACAACAGAUGAAGACAAAUCUCAAACAUCACACACGCCUACCACGGAGAAAGUCGAAGCCACCGUCCUUCAAGUCACUCCUAAAAUCGCGAUAUCGAAUGGUAACAUUGCAGAGAAAAGUGCGGCUAUUGAAAUGAAGUCUACAGAGGUCGUCGUGUGCUCAGAUAGGAAUUCUGUUGAUCAAAUGGUGCAGAAAGUUCACUCGGCCGUCGCUCUAACGGCUGCAACGAGCUAG